AUGUGCUGUUGUUGUGUUUGCUGUACCGUAUCUGAUCUCAUACUAUAUGUUGUCGCCUUCUUUCUGCCUCCGGUGGGUGUUUUACUGAGAAGUGGAUGUUGCUCAUCAGACUUCUUACUAAACAUUUUGUUGACAAUGUUGGGGGUCAUUCCUGGAAUGAUUCAUGCUUUCUACUAUAUAACCAUUACAAGUCCUUUGCGAAGAGAGGAAACGAGAUAUUACUAUCAAACUGGAUGGGAAGAUGGCCAUCGGAAUGGGCCUCAAGGUUCAAAUAGCACCCGUGAACAAUCCGAUAGAGUUGUGAGAGAUCAGCCCUCGCCUGUGACACCCCUACUUCCUCACAAUGACAAGGCCAAAUCUCCAUCAAAUGCUCCUCCACCAUACACUGAAACCGUAUGA